CUCGUCACAAGCUCAACCUUUGAAGAAUGUGCGCCAGCAUAGAGUCUCAAACAACAUUUCAUUUCAUGGACUGACCACAAGUCGCGUCAACAGCAUCAGGUGUUUUGGCCCACAAUGGAGGCGGAUUUUCGAGACCUCCUGGCUCCGCCGCCUGAGCAGCCUGAAAUCUCGAAUAUCAACAAUGUCCUCUCAAUCCAGCCCCUGCCACACGCACCUCUUGCCGCCCAUGACUAUCUGGACGAGGACGAUGAUAUAGACGCGACGGUCUACCAGGAGCAUGACGAGGAGCUUGAGGUUUCCGACGCCGACUCGGACGACUUUCGCCUCAAAGCCGACAUUGCUAAGCUCGAUGCCGACGUCGCUGCCUUCAAGGCCUCCAUGGCCGCAGAUUCCUCGGAUGACGAUGAGGACCUCUUGGACCCGCGGCUGGCCAUGGGCUCUGGCCUGCCCCGCAAGCGAAAGCCCAAGCGGCCCAGGCUGGACAUCGCGCCUGGAUCCAAGCGCCGUGCGACCGUCGCGAAGGGCAGCAACAUCGCGGCGCCCUCUGCGGACAUCAUGUACCAGCUGUCGAAGGCGUCCGAGGCGUGGGGCCAGGGGCGCUUCGAGGAGGCGCUGGAGAUCACCCUCGAGAUCAUCCGUGUCAAUGCCGAGACGUGGGACGCGUGGGUGAUGCUGUCCUCCAUCUACGAGGAGACGGGAAACAUGGCCGAGGCGAUCAUGGCCAAGUGCUUCGCGGCCCACCUGCGGCCCAGGGACUUUGACGGGUGGCUGAACUGCGCCAACUACGCGCUGGACGACGUCACCCCGGGCCAGCGCGAGACCAACCUGGCCACCGCGCAGCUGUGUUACUCCGCCGCCAUCAGGGCGAACCCCAAGAGCCUCAAGGCGCGCGUCGGGAAGGCGAACUGUGCGCUCGAGGCGGGCAACUCGAACGUCGCCGCCGCGGAGUACUCCAAGGUGCUGAAGAGGAGGCCGUACGACAUGGUCCUGCUGCGCAACAUGGCGGAGGCGGCCUUCGACGCCAGGAACGCGAAGAGGUACGUCGAACAAGCCAGGGGUUACUACGAGAAUUUGAUCCAGUGGAUUCGCUCGGGCGGGCAGCCCCUGAGGGGCAACUUCGAGUGGUCGGACGUCAUCAUCUUUGUCGAGAUGUGUGCUUUCCUAGAGAGGUACUCUGAUGCCGCGCUGGCCCUGCGGUCUCUGGCGCGGAUGCUCAUCGGGAGGGCGAACGAGGAGUUCUGGGACAGAUUCGAAGACGACAGGGAGUGGGAUCAGGAGGAGGACCGCCGUUUGGAGGUGCACGAAUACGACACUCACAAAUACCCUCGUGAAUCGUAUGGCCCGGCGCUGCCUCUGGAUCUCCGAGCCAAGCUGGUAGUUUAUCGACUCAAGCUCCAGCAGGAGGAGGAGGCCACCCGCCACAUGCAGUGGCUAAACUCACAGGACCCAGGGAUCUUCGACUUCUUCCUCGAUACGCCGUUCGUCAUCAAAGAUCUCGCAAAUGAAUUAUUCGAAGCCCGAAGGAUCACCACCGCUCUAGAGUUCUACGACUUGUAUCGGCGGUUGAUUGUGGAGCCCGACGCAGAAAUCCUUGUCCAACAGGGGAAAUGCUAUCUAGAAAUGGAGGACCAGGCUACAGCCGAGGAGUGUUUCAUCGCCGCAAUAGAGAUUGACGACGACAACAUUGAGGCGCGUUACGAGCUCGCCCAGAUGUAUGAGACGAACCAGGAGCAAGAGGAAGCCUUCCUUCUUGUGAACGAGGCCCUGCAGCUCGAGCGCGACCAGAAGCGGGAUGCUCGGAACAAUGGCGGGGAAGACGGUGAGGCGCAGGCCAAGAGUCAGAAACGAGUCCGGCAGAAGGUCCUUCGCGACAGAGCGGCCCGGCCGAAGCGUGCGAGGCGUGUGUACAUCCGCCGCAUGGCGAACAAGGCGCAGCGGGAGAAGUACGAGGAGAGCGUCACCAACAACUUCAGAGACAAAUACCAGCGGGUGUUGGACCUGCGCGAGCAGGUCAAGAGCGGAGACAAGGCCGCCGAGGAGGAGUGGAUGGCGGCCGCUCAGGAUCUGGUGGACGACUUCCGGUCCUUCAAAGAGUUCUACCCUUGGGACAAGUACCUCAACUUUAUGGGGUAUGGGUCCUUUUUCCAGGAAAACAGGAAGAGAAGAGAGCAAAUGCAACAGCAACAGCAGGAACAGGAACAGGAAGCGCAGCAGCAGCAGGAGAGGGCCGACGGUGACCAGGAGGGAGCGGAUGCCCCCGAGCCCAACAACGAACUCGAGGCUAUGGCGGAGCGACUGCAGCAGAACCUGGCACCGGAUGAAGGCGAUGACUCCACGCAGCCCACUCUUAAGCGCAGCGAGCACCGUGGUAUUCCCUUCGACGAGUGGCUCGACCUCUUCCUCGAGUAUGCCAUCAGCCUGGCCCGGCACCAGAAGGCAAGAGAGGCAUACCUCGUCUGCCAGUCGGCGCGCGACUCGAUCGUGUACAAGUCCAGCGACAACACCUUCCUCAUCCACGUGGCCUGGGCGGCGUGCGCGGUGUACGCGGCAGACGAGGAGACGUGCGUGGCGGUGGCGCGGUUCUUCAUGCGCAACAACCCAGCCGCGACGGACAGCUACCGUGUGUUCAGCGCGCUGUGCCGCGUGUGCCAGUCCCCGGUGUCGUGGUACGCGUCGGGGCCGGCGCAAAAGUACAUCCUGCGGCAGAUCAAGGCCAUGGACCGGACGCUGCUGCCCAACGACGUGGCCGAGUCGAUGAUGGGGACGUGGGACAGGGCGCUGCCGCGCGAGGAGGGCCAGGGCCCGCGGCACGACGCGCUCGACGUGUCGCUGCUGAUGCUGUACGGGCACAUCCUGCUGACGAGUACUAGUUAUACCUACGCGCUCAACUACUUCCUGCGCGCCGCGGCGCUGGACCCGCACAACCCCAUGGUCAACCUGAGCACGGGCAUCGCGUACGUGCACUACGCCAUGAAGCGGCAGGCCGAGAACAGGCAGUUCAUCAUCGCGCAGGGGAUGCACUACAUGUUUGAGUACUACGCGGCGCGCUCCGCGUCCGAGGACGUCGUCGAGCGCCUCGAGGCGCACUACAACGUCGCGCGGUCCUACCACCUGCUGGGCAUCUACCACCUCGCCGCCGAGUUCUACGGCCGCGCACUUACUGAGGCGAGGGCGCAUCGGGACAAGAACGGCGGCGGCGGCGGCGGCGGGGAGGAUAGUAUGGUCAAGGACUUUGUUUAUGAGUCUGCCGUCAACUUGAGGACGUACUCGCUUACGAACGGCGACUACGAGAGUGCCAGGGCGUUGACUGAGGGGUGGCUUGUUUUGUGAGGGGAUGUCGUAGGUGAACGAGAGGCGGAUCAUAGGGGAGUUGGGUGGAUAAAGCCUUGCAAAAGGGCGUGUUCUUCAUAACCUGCUGCAGCCCGACUGACAGAGGCAGAUGCAUUGCGGUCCUACCAGUCCUGC